UGUAACGUUACAUUACAUUGCUAUAUAAUAUUCUCAAAUUAAACUUCAUUAUUUGCAUGAAUUGAUACCAUAGAUAAGCUUCUAUAAUGGCAUUUCGAAUGAGUGUCAAACUUUUGAUUUUAAUCUUUGCUCUUCUUUAUGUUUGUUUAUUCUCGAGUAACUUUGGAAAGGCUGAUGAUGAUGAACCUGAUACCCAAAUAGGUGGUGGUGGGUUUGGUGGUGCUGGUAAUGGAGGCGGUGGUUCGGGGAUUGGUGGUGGUGGUUCUGGAGUUGGUGGCGGUGGUGGUACCGGAGGGAUUGGAGGUGGUGGUGGUGGUGCAGGCGGGAUUGGAGGUGGUGGCGGCGGCGCCGGCGGCAGAUUUGGUGAUCCUUCUCAAAUUAUAUCUAAAGCCUUGCUAUGUUUCAAUGAUAAAUAUAUUUAUCAAAGCUGUGAAGAGUCAUACAGAUUGAGUGAAAAUGGGAAUUUAGAUGUGCCCUCAGAGAAAACUGAUGCAUUCUGUGAAGGACCGUGUAUGUCAGAGACAAACUUGGUCCUAGGCUGCAUUGACAACAUUUUCAGCAACUUCAUAUUCUACAACAGAGCAACCAUAGAAGAUGUUAAAGAAACAAUUCUAGCUGGUUGUGGUUAUGGUCCUGAAAGAGGAAACUUUAAUGUGGCUGAGCACAUCCAAGAAAACAAAGCUGGGAAGGCUACUAGCCAUGUUCUAAUGGGCCUUGCUUUGAUCAUAAUGGGCCGUGCUAUAUUGCUCUAAUAUUUAGGUUUUUAUUUUUUUAAGCAAUGCUCUAAUAUUUAGGUUAAUAAAGUGAUACAAGUGAUUUGUGUUUGUAUGUGUACUAAUUUACUUAUUUAAUGGAUUAUACAAAUGAAAUGAAUUUAAGUGUUUUUUUUAAUGAAUUCAAGUUAUGUAG